UGUUUCCUGUUUACAGGCGGGAAGAGCGAACACACCUGAAUCCCUGUUCUGUUUUGUCUGUUUGGGUUUCUUGUCUUAUUAUUUUGUCAAAUUUCAUGCAAUAGAAAUCUUAUUUUUGGUGGAGUAUUUACUGACGUUCAAAAUAUUGCGUUAAAAAGCCAUGGAGGACCCUGCACAUUCUGGAGACGGCUCUGUAGCACUAUUGAACCCCACGGUACAAGUAACAGAGAUUCGCUGGCCAGCCGAAGCGCGUCCUGUGCGGUUGUUGGAGUGGAAAGUGAAACCCGGCGCUUUGAUUAAUGUGGAUUCUGUUAUUGCAUUGUGUGUAGUUAUCCACACAGACUUAAAGUCUGGAUCAGAGGAACGUGACCAGGCAAACAGACUAUCGUUACCAGAUAAGAAGCUGAAAUCGGACCGAGCUGGAGUUGUGAGAGAACUGUGCUGUCAACUAGGACAGGUCAUAUAUGCUGGGGAUGUCAUAGCGAAAAUAGAAGAAUGCAGCCAUCCCAUUGUGAUGAAGGGUCUGUGUGCUGAAUGUGGCCAGGAUUUAACACAGCUGCAGAACAAGAACGGAAAGCGGCAGGCUCCCAUCUCUACAGCAACCGUUUCCGUGGUGCAUAGUGUUCCUGAGUUGAUGGUCAGCUCAGAGCAGGCAGAGCAGCUUGGCAGAGAGGACCAGAAGAGGCUCCAGAGAAACAGAAAACUAGUGCUCUUGGUGGAUCUGGACCAGACUCUGAUUCAUACCACAGACCAACAUUGCCAGCGCAUGUCCAAUAAGGGAAUCUUCCAUUUCCAGUUGGGAAGAGGGGAGCCCAUGCUUCAUACACGUCUUAGACCACAUUGCAAAGUGUUCUUGGAGAAGAUUGCCAAGAUGUAUGAACUACAUGUUUUUACCUUUGGGAGUCGCCUCUAUGCACACACCAUCGCAGGCUUCCUGGAUCCUGAAAAGAAGCUUUUCUCUCAUAGAAUCCUGUCCAGAGAUGAGUGCAUUGACCCAUACUCCAAGGCUGGAAAUCUUAAAAAUUUGUUCCCAUGUGGUGACUCUAUGGUGUGCAUCAUUGACGACAGAGAGGAUGUGUGGAAGUUUGCCCCCAACCUCAUCACUGUGAGAAAGUAUGUGUACUUCAAAGGAACGGGUGACAUCAAUGCACCACCGGGGUCACGAGACAGCCAGCUGGCAAAGAAAGAUACUGGUACCCAGGCUAGUCAGCCUGUAGGAAGCUCAGACCUGUCUGCAACAUCAGAACAUGGGGAGCAGAGUAAUGGAUUCAGGAAACAUGACAGAGAUUGCAAAGCUGUGCAUGAAGAUAUGUCAGCCUAUAGCUGCGACAUUCGGGGGCCAACAACCAGAGAGAAAAGUCAUCCUGAGGGGAAAGGAGAUGGAACAGAACAUUUGAGUGACAAAUAUAGUGUUAAGAGGGGAGAAGCAGGUGUCUCAAGUAGAGUGAGUAACUCAGGUGAAAUAGUGCUUAGAGAGAAUGUGACUACUGCUGAUAAUAUACAUAAUGACUUGGACUUUGACCUUUUAAGUGACAGCGAAACUGACUCGGGUAAACCAGGGCUGCCACACAGCAAAAAUGAAGAACAAUUUUCAGAAACUGGAACAUACAAACAAACAAAACUAAAGGAAGACAACUGGGUUAGAGAGGGAAAUGGAGGUGGACAUGUAGAAGCUCUAGAGGAGAAUCAGGGGGUUCUUAGUGAGCUUGAUAAUGGCUGUGCUGACAAAAAAGAAACAGAGACAGAGUCUCAAAACAGUGAGCAAUCUGGCAUCACAAUGGGUGAGGAAUCUCUAGACCACAGCAUGGGGGAUGAAGAGGAGGAGGAGGAGGAGGAAGAAGACACAGACGAUUAUUUGAUUUACCUAGAAGAGGUCUUAGUUCGCAUUCAUAAAGAAUAUUACUUGCGCUAUGAGGCCUACCUCAGGGAGGAGAGUCUCCAGAUGCCAGACAUUCGUACAAUUGUCCCUGAGCUGAAGAGCAGAUCCUUGGCAGGCACCACUGUUGUGUUUAGUGGCUUAUGCCACACUAACUAUCCCAUGGAGCGAACACGAGAGUGCUACCAUGCCAAGGCAUUGGGUGCCAAGAUAGGCAAGAGCCUUGUGCUUAGCGCCAAAGAUCCUGACUGCACAACACACCUGAUUGCUGCACGUGCAGGCACAGAGAAAGUGCGCCAGGCCCAAGGCUGUAAACACCUGCAUGUGGUGAAUCCUGAUUGGCUUUGGAGAUGCCUGGAGCGCUGGGAGAGAGUGGAGGAGCAGCUUUUUCCACUCAAGGAGGGCUACAUUAAAUCACAGAGGAGUAACAGUCCAUCGGCAUUUCCUGACGUUCAGGAGUCUUUGUCAACAGCUGUAAUUCACCCCACUCCUGUUCAGCCCAAAUGCCCAUUGGUCCCUGAGGUCCGCACGUAUGAUCCUGUAACUGGCAAAUUGAUCCGGAGGGGUCCUCAGGCACCCCGACAAUCUUCCUACCUGCAGCCCCACAGAACUCUACCUGGACAAGAAGUGCACUCAAACCUUAGGUCAAAUCUGGGGUCUCAGCAGCAGGAGGAGGUGGAUAGCUCGAAUCAAGAUGAGAAACCUGAGCCCUCACGCAGAAAACGACAGCCUAGUAUGUCUGAAACCAUGCCACUCUACACACUCUGCAAGGAGGACCUGGAAAGCAUGGACAAAGAGGUCGACGAUAUUCUUGGGGAGGAGAGUGAUCAUGAGUGUGAAGAAAAAGGAAAGGUGGAAAAAUUGGAGCAAGAGAAAGAAGCAGAGGAGCAACCACAGAACUGUAGGCAAAGGGCCGGACCAGUAGAUUACCAAGACGUGGGCACACUGGUCAAGGAUACACUGCUAUCAUCCAGCAGUCUGUCUGAAAGCAUUUCAAGGGGUCACAAGAGGAAGCUAGAGGAGGCCAAGGAGGAUGAUGAUGGAGUGGAUAAUGAUGAUGACAAAGAUGGAGACUUGUCUAGUGAGUCUAGUAAGGAUUCUAAUGAGGAUGGUAGCAGCUCAGAGGCAGAUGAGAUGGCUGCAGCUCUGGAGGCAGAGUUAAAUGAUUUCAUUUGACCUGUGAAAAGAUAACAGGGGCAAAGAUGAACUGAGCUUUAGUUCCUGUCACAGAAGGUUUCUACUGUCCUGUUCACACAAGGUACCUCAGCUGUACGAAUAAGCAUGUAUGCAAUAAACAUGCAUGUUUAUUGUUUGUGUAAAAGCAAGUGAUGUGUAUACAAAGUUAUGCUUUUAUGUGGGUAUUUGAGAAGUCAGGUAUUGGGGAAAUUUGUUAAAAUUUUGUUUUAACGUUACCUUGGAUAGGGGACAGGUUGGAUUUUAUUGUUGUUCCUUCUCUAUUCAAAUUUUUGGAAAAAAAAAUAAAUGAAUAAUUGGUCAGAAAUGCCAAAGAAUGUGAACAGGGGCCUGUUUUCUUGUUUUGGCCAGCAACUGUAUUUUACAUGGACUUCCAUUUUCAUUCUCUCUCUCUCUUUCUUUCUCUCUCUCUCUCUCCCCCUAUAUAUCAUACUGAACAUUUAUAUAAAUCAGUUCUAAGCUCCGGCAUGUUACAACUGAAGUGAUGAAAUAUGUUACAUACUUAAAAUGACUUUCAAAUUAAACAAGCAUUGAGUAGUUUUGUACCCAUUUUGCCUCUGUGCAAAAUAGUCAAAUGUCCCAUUAUUACAUGUAAAUGUUCUUAACAUGUGAACCAAUUUACUUAAUAAAAUGUUGCUGAGAUGGUAUCACCAAGGUUAAGACAGUGUAAUCAGGGUGUUGAAUUAAGUAAUUAGUGAUUUAAAAAAAAUAGGUCUUUGGUUGGCAUUACCAUGCCAUCAUCAUCAUCAUAAACUAUCAUUGUAAUCUUUAAACAGGUUAUAAAAAGAAGUCUGCAUUGAUGUUGG